GUCAUCUGCAUGACGUGGACGGCUGGUUCUGGUUGUAUUUUAAAAGAAAUCUCAUCCCAGCAUAGACGCUACGUCUGGAAUUACGAUCCACCCUGUGAUCUGUCACUUUUAUAUAUACACAGGGGAGGGGACCAGUUUCCAUAGAGAGGGGCUAUCACAGCCCACUUAGGAACAAUACCAGAGGAGCAGGAGCCCAGAGCUUGGAGCAGCCCGAAGUUCAGGGGGAUGUGCCUGGGGCCUCCCUCCUGGCCCUGAAGCUGCGCCGGCUGCCCUGAGCCUUCUGCUUCGGAGUGAAGUCCACUCUCAGGGCAGUGGCUGCCUGCAGAGCUGAAUUAAAUAAAACCGUAAAUACUAAUAAGGGAGAGAUGCCGAUGCCCAUCCACUUCCUGCUGGUCCUGCUGCUGCUCCUGGGGGGCCCCAGGACAGGCCUCCCCCACAAGUUCUACAAGGCCAAGCCCAUCUUCAGCUGCCUCAAUACCGCCCUGUCUGAGGCCGAGAAGAGUCAGGGGCAGGACGAAUCCCUGCUGAGCAAAAGGAGCUUCCAUCAUCUGCCCAGCCAAGACACCUCUUCAGGAGAGCAGGAGGAGGGCAAAGGGAAAAGGACUUUCCUCGUCUCUGGGGCCAGGGGUGGAGCUGGGGGCACUCGGUACAAAUAUGUGUCCCAGGCACAGCCCAGGGGAAAGGCACACCAGGACACAGCCAAGAGUCCCCAGCGUACCAAGUUCACCCUGUCCCUCGACGUCCCCACCAACAUCAUGAACCACCUCUUCAACAUCGCCAAAGCCAAGAACCUGCGUGCCCAGGCCGCCGCCAAUGCCCAUCUGAUGGCACAGAUUGGGAGGAAGAAGUAGAGGCAGAAGCCGGACGGGAGGGCAGCCCUCAAGGACAGAGGGCGAGGAGAGGGUGAGGGGAGGGCAAGGGGAGGGCGAGGGGAGGGCAAGGGUGCCGUCUGCUGGUUUGUGUUUUGUGGGAUCCAUCAGUUUUAACGGCUGCUGCACUGCCAAGCCCCUCUGAUCUCUUCUGGCCUCUGACCCGUCUCCCUCCUCCUCUGUCUGUACCCACAGAAGUGCAGUAUUGUCCAACCUUCCCAGACACGAGGCGGCUAAUGUUCCUCCCUGUAUGCGGCGUCUCCUUCCUCCCUCCCCACAGCAAGAGGCAAAGUUCGUGCAUUCCUGCUCUCCAGUCCUCUCCCUGUUGACCCCAUGCCUGAGAGCGUUCAGGGCUCCUCUCCUAGAUGCCAACCCCUGCCAAGGCAGAAAGAGGAGCCGCAGCACUCACCUUCCUGCCACUGAAUCCUUCCUACCUCCUCACCCCAUUAAACCAAUGGCUUUUUGAA